AUGACUUCCAUUUUAUGCGAAGAAUGUGAACAAGACAUUGACACGACGACUGGUUGGUGUACACCAUGUAACGCAAAGCACUUUGAAAACAACUUCCCUAAUUGGACAAGUGAUAAUGCAGAAAUAGACGAGUUUAUUCGUAACUCUCAAAUAACCGCCAAACGUCACGAAUAUGUGUUCGAAUGGGUUGACUAUUCUAAAUUUACGCUACUCCAAAAGGUCGAAUUUUCUAGAAACAAUAAGGCUUAUUGGGAAGAAGGGCAUUUGUUAAGGUGGGAUGUAAGAGCGAAUGAAUGGUUUCGACAUGUGGGGCAGUGGGUUAAGUUGGUAACUAAUUAUUCUGCCGAAAAACACUUGGGCCCACGGGUCCUUAAACUGGAAUCUGAAUUUUCGAAAUCAAACCCACCAUCAAAGAGACUAAUUUAUGGAAUCACGCGUAAUCCUGUCACAAAAGAAUAUGCUGUCAUUGAAAGUUUAAUGGAUCGGUGUCUCUCUUGUGGUCAAGAAUGGAUGUCUCCCCGAUGGUGUCGCGGUUGUAAUACCAGUCUUUUUAAAUCUGAACGUUCAAAUUGGACAAGUGGUAACUCAGAAAUUGAUGCCUUUAUUUAUGAAACACAAACAACCGCAGAAUUUCCUGAACAAGUCUUAGAAUGGCUCCCAGAAACCCAAUUUACGGAAUUUAAGCAGAUUGGUAAAGGUGGCUUUGGUAGAGUUUUUAAGGCUUACUGGGAAAAAGGUCGUAUUUGCAAGUGGGACUCCAUUACGAAUAAAUGGGAACGGAGCGAACCGAUGUGGGUUGCCUUAAAAAGUGUAGAGAAGGGAGAUGAAAGUUUUAUUGAAGAGGUCAAAGCUAUGUAUCAAUGUCUGAAAAUUAACUUGGGCUCUUUAGAUUGCUAUGGUAUAACACGCGAUCCUGUCACACAAGAUUAUCUAAUUGUCAUGCGAUUUGUCGAGUACGGCGAUUUACGAGCCUACCUUUCUUCUACCUUUGCCACCAGUAGUUGGAAAGAUCGUCUCGACAGACUUUGGAGCCUCUCAAUUGAUCUCCGUAGUCUUCAUCGGUCAGGCCUCGUGCAUCGGGACUUACACGGAGGAAAUGUGCUUUUUGGCAAUAAUAGGCGGAGCUUUAUUGCUGACCUUGGUUUAACUUUUUUAGAAAAGUGGUCCAUAAUUCUCUCAAAGGAAACAUCAAAUUAUGACGAUGACGAUGACGACGAAGUUAAUAUAAGGAACCAAUUUAAAUUAGCGGAGUUGGAAAGACAAAAAAAUCCAUUUCCUGUCGUGCCGUUUUCGGAAUCAAAUUCACGUCCUUUGACUAGUCGUCUUCUCCCAACGAUCACUCUUCACACAAGUGCAGGAGGAUACCAAACUAUACAAUAUGACCUCGAAAUUUCGGAUGACUUAUAA